AUGAACACCCAAAAAGCUAAUGAUGAGAGACGUUACCAUGCUCUCGAGUUCGGUUGUGGUUGGGGAGCUGGUUGCAUUGAGACUUGCAUCGUUUAUCCGGCAACGAAAGUCUCUUUUCGGCAACAAGUUCACGGGUACAAUGUGCUGGGAGCGAUUCGAGAGAUCCGUGCCGAGGGCAUUUCUUUGUUGUAUCGAGGUCUUCUCCCUCCACUCCUCAUGCGAACCACAUCAAGAGCUGUCAUGUUUGGACUUUACGACAAUUUCUUGACACACUUUGGAGGCGCAAAAUACACUAGAGGCUCUUCUUUGUUCACCGUUGAACGAGCGAAAGCUGCAUUUUUAGCUGGCGCUUGUGAGGCUUCAUUAGCUCCUCUAGAAAGAAUUCAAGUUCUUCUACAAGCCGACAAAUAUCAUAAAGAGUUUAAAAAUACUGGUGAUGCUGCUGCUAAAAUUUUCAAAUACUAUGGAAUCAGGGAAUAUUAUAGAGGGAUCUCAUUGGUGAUUGCAAGAAAUGGAUUAUCAAAUAUUCUUUAUUUCAAUCUACGAGAACCCUUUAAAAUGUUUAUUCUUGAUAAAAGCAAGAUUGAGGGUCACACAGCACUGCAUUUAAUCUCCGAUUUUCUUUCCGGUGCUCUUUUGGGAGCAACAAUUUCCACAAUUUUCUUCCCACUGAACGUUAUUAAGAACAAUGUUCAAAGUGAGAUGGGUCCCGGAGCUCAAUCUCCAAUCAAGGUAUUUCUGAGACUAUUGAGAGAACGUGGCCGGAUCACUGAGCUUUAUCGAGGUGUUCAUGUAAAUGCUUUCCGAUCUCUUUGUGGCUGGGGAAUCACCACUUCAGCCUAUGAAGCGCUCAUCAGACUUUUCACUUCAAAU